UAAUCCGAUAAUCUUUUAAUCGAGCUGAUUCGAAAACGAGGCUGAGGAUGUAUUGAUUUUAUUCAUGAUUAAAACAAUGGCGGAUAAGCAUACAGAUAACGCGUUAGAUGUCAAUAUUGAUAAAUUAUGGACUUACACAUGUAAAGAUUUGAAAGAUAUUUUGCGGAAUCUUGGACAACCGGUGUCAGGAAAUAAGGACAUACUUGUAGCUCGUGUUUAUAGUGCUUCAUUAACGGGAAAAGUGAAUGAAAGUCAGCCGGUUGAAUGCGGAAGUGAAACACAACACAAAGAAUGCGAUGCGUUGAGUGUUCUUCGUACAAGUCAAACCAAUGAAAUAACUUAUAAUGACAUAAUGCUUACAACUAGCGGUCGAGUAUGGUCGAAUGAUUUACGUGAUUUACCAAACUUUACAUUUGAUAAGUUAUUCACAUACUUGGUGGAACGUACCAACAAAUAUGGUGCCAGUGAGAUGAAAGGUGUAUCAUACAAAAAAAUGAAAUCCUACCAGUUCUUUGUGGAAGGUCAUGUUACUUCUUAUGAGAUUGCUAAGAGCAAUGGACUUUCCUGGGUCAGGUGUAAGGUGAUUGCUUCCAUGAAACAAGAGAAGUACAAGGUGAUAGUUGUAUUUGAAGAUGAUGAUGUGAAGUUUGCAGCAUGUGAAUGCCCAGCAGGGCUUGGAAUCAACGGAAAUGGCAAAUGUAACCAUGUGGGUGGGCUGCUUUUUGCAAUUGAAGACUUCACGGCCAAAGGGAAGCAAGACGGACCGGUAAAGAUGUCAAGUACGUCCAGGUUGAAUGAAUGGAUUGUUCCACGCAAUCUGCCUAUACAGGCAAAGUCUUUGUCAGAAAUGAAAAUAAGGAAAUUUAAAUAUGGAAAGUCUUCCAAGGAGAAACCAACUGUGAAUGACUUUGAUCCACGUGCUCCACAAGACCGCGUUCUAGAUACUUUCGCCCUGCAGCAGCUACACCGUAAAUUGCAAGAUUGUGCUUCAAGCUCUGGGUUUUUCCUUUACCACGAUGACCCAGAAUCUAUGUCAAUUCCUGAAGCAGACUAUUACGACACGAUUGAUGGCGAGUGUUUAGGACUGGAUGUGUCUAUUAAUUCCACAUUUACAGAUUUUGAAGAGACUAUUAAGGAAUCCGAAAAUCCUGGUUUAAGUCUAACACAACCUAAGUGUAAAAUUAGUGUUAACCCUCAAAUCAGUGAUCAGGAACAGAUUGAUGAUAAAUUUAUUAGGUCAUAUGUUGAAGAAGUGAUUGAAAAUGAAAAAAUUAGUGAUGAAGAAAUACAGGAUGUAGAGAAAAGGACUAUUGAUCAGGCUAACAGUGAUGAGUGGAUGGAGUGGCACAAACAUAAAAUUACCGCAUCCAAUUUUGGUAAGGUGUUUAAAUGUAGAGUCCCUGAAAGUGCCAUUAAACAGUUAUUGUACACAAAUGCUAGUAGUUAUACACUGCAGUAUGGAAAGGAUAAUGAACAAAAUGCUGUAAAGGCUUAUAUGAACAUGAAAGCAAAAAAUGGCACACCGGUUAAAGUUGAGGAUGCUGGUCUCGUUCUUUCGAAGGAUAGGCCGGGAUUAGGCGCUAGCUUAGACGGCCGAGUUACUGAUGAAUCAGUCGAUGAUUCCUGUGGUGGACUGGAGUGCAAGUGCCCUAUCAGUCAGAAGGGAAAGACUGCCAUUGUCGCUUGCUCUGACAAAAACUUUUAUUUACAGGAUGUUAACGGUCAAAUUGCUUUAAAGAGAAAUCAUAAUUAUUACAUACAAAUUCAAGGUCAAAUGUUUUGCACAGGACUGAAAUGGGUUGAUUUCGUUGUGUGGUUUGGGGACGACCAAGAUAUAUUUUGUGAACGUAUUUAUUUUAACGAAAAACAAUGGUAUUCCGAGUAUUUACCAGUACUAGAUUUGUUUUAUAAGUGGGUGUUUGUGCCAGAACUCUUGACUAGACGGUUGGAAAGAGGCUUGUCUUUAAUAACUCCUGAGCAGUGGAAAAACUUAAAAUACUCAGAUGAGGAAGUGGAAAGUGACUAAUUAAACUUACAGGAAAACUGAAAAAUACAUGUACUAUAGACUAUAUUGCUAUAUAUAUUUAUUCUGAUACUAUUAUGCAUUCCUGAUUAUUGGUUAUGCUAAGUAUUGUUAUCUGUUUAAAAGACUGUAUAUAAAGCUGAGAAUUCCAA